AUGGCUUCAGUUGGUCCUUCCACCAAAGAUAUACUGUUGGAUGCCGUCGAGCAGACUCUCGGCGAGUCAGCUCUCGAGACCAUUGAACCCGUUGAAGUCAAGGCGCCCCUUGAUGCGCCAGAGGUUCAUGAGAAACCCAUAUGCAUCACGCAGACACCCAUCCCACGCAAUCUCAGAAACGGCCCUUCGGAUAUCGUCGUUGGACUUGCGGCCGAGUGCCCUCGUUGGGUGCCCGGCUCGGUGAUUAAAUGGGCUGCUUGGAGAGCUGGUUUCAAUAGUCAAGAAGAUGCUGACCAUGCUGCCGAACACCUUGCAAUAGCUGCAGAGAAGUGGAACAGUGCCAAUGUUGGCGUGACUUUCGAAUGGGUGCCUCUGGCGAAGGAUGCAACUUUUGUCCUCUGCCACGGCGGCUCUCAAGGAACGGUCCUAGCAUCCGCUUUCUUCCCAAACUCGAAUGAUCUCAACUACGUAUUUGUCUAUACUUAUGGGUUUAACAAGAACUGGAAGAACAACAUGUGGAAGGUCUUCACCCAUGAGUUGGGACACGUCUUGGGUCUUCGACAUGAAUUUGCAAUUGGAGACGUUCCCUCCGACAUGCAUACAGAGGGUCACGGAGCCGUUCGACUAGGUAAACCUGACGAGUACUCCGUGAUGAACUACCGAAACGAGCCACCGGAGCUCCAACAGUCCGACAUUGACUCCACACGAGUAUUCUAUGGUCUGCGUGAGGAUGACGACGGGAAUCUGCCCAAGGUCGGCAUGACACCUGUCGUCGACUACACUCCUCGUUGA